AUGACUUCUAACAAAAACUCGGCGACCGAGCAGACAGUGCAAAAUUUCGACAAAAAUGGUGUCGUUUGCUUACGAAUCAGCAAUCAACGCUCAUUUGAUCAAGCUUCGCAAAGUGGUGGGACGAAAGCUGGACGUGUUUGCAAUGAAAAACUGGAAUCUAACUCCUGUUCUCCUGAAAGUGGGAAGAUUAUCAAAAUAGAGAACGCUGCUUCGACUGCAAAGGAUUUAGAUGAUUGUGUUUCUUCGAAAUCUGUGUCGAGCUCUUGUUCUUACAAGUCGAUAAAACCAAGAGCUGAACGUGAGCGGCAAAUUGCACAAGAUUUGGAACCAUUUGAAAUGAGCGGAAGCGGCUCAUGCCUCACUGUUCAAUUAAAAAAAGGCACAAAGGGGUUUGGUUUUACGAUAGUUGGACGAACCACCACCAGAGGCAAGCUGAUUCUAUGUGUCGGAUGGGUGCAUCCCGAUGGGCAAACGUUUGGAAUUUUGAAAGCUGGUGAUCAAAUCACCGAGGUCAACCAUGCUCCGGUUAUUGACAUGAAACACGAAGAUGUUACUGAUCAAUUGAAACGCAUAAAAGUUGGGUCGAUUGUAACCUUGGGCAUUAUUCCGGCUGUUAAGGUUAACGCUACUUUAAAUAAUUCAACCACACACAUUACACAUGUCGAGGAAUCAGAGGAUGCUGAAGCAAAGGAGGCCGACGUGUCUGUCGAGGAUGGCCCUAACCCAUUUGAGAGGAAUUCUGAUGUAAGAAGGUCGAGGAAAUCCUUUGAUCCACCAGCGCAAACACAAGAAAUUAUAUCUCCAAAGCCUUCAUAUCGGAAGAAUCCUCGGCUCAUUGUUCAAAAUUUUGUGAAAUCGUUUGGCCAUACUGGUUUUCGUUCAGCCAAAGCUCUUGCUGAAGCAACAAAGUCUUUGACUCGCUCCCAUUCCAUUUCUCCUACAAGAACGCGCAAGGACCAAGCACGUAAAGAAGAAUCCGAGGCUACACCACACUGGCAACAGACAGAACCCAACUAUUUGAACCGCAAGUGCAAGAGUUUGGACGCUCUUCAAACAAAAGCAAAUAAAACAAAAACCGACAAGUUGAAAAGCAAAAAGACGACUGUUAAAAGAUACUCGCCUGAACGAAAGACAAAAUCUUUACGUUUCAAUUUGACUCAACGUUUUUCAAGUACGACAGAAUCACAAAUGAGGCAAAUCGUGCAGUGGGAGAAUUCUCUCAAAAUGAGGAUGCGAUUCACUGAAGGACAAAAGCCGAAUCCUUCAACUGCUCGUUUUCACUCGGAAUGUGCGUGCAAACAACAACAGUAUUUGCAGAAUUGUCACUCCGGAAAGUUGAUGUCACAGCCAAAUUCUCGUCCAACUCCUUCUACUUUGUCUCGUUUUGAUCUAUCGCGUUACCCCAACAAUUCAUCACGAGCACCAUCUUACCAUUCAUUCGUUGAAAGAAAUGUCGGCCACUCAUAUUAUCAAGAUUAUCAAGAUUAUCAUUAUCAAAAACAUUACUUCUCACAAUUC